ACUUAACAGGUGCUACAACUAUCUGCAUAUGGGAGUUGAAUAUAUGACAUAAACUGAAAGCUAGGGGCAGUCAGAUCACGUCUCAUGUUGCUUAACUAUUACAUGAAUAAUUGAUCUACCUAGUGUAUCUGCAGCAUCAAGAUUUUGUUCAUCGGAUUUCACAACCAUGUUAAACUCUUUAAAGAUACCAGCUCUGUUAAUACUUCUACUAUUGUUUGCUAUCAUCUAUUAUUUAUUCUAUCAACAAAAUAAUAUUCUAGGCAUUUAUUUUAGAUACCCAGGAAAUAAAAGCUACAAUCUAAAUAACAUUAAAAAUCAAGCAGAUGACAACAUUUUUCAGGAGACAACUGCUAGCUUGGGAAUAUCACCUACAAAUUACAAAAAUAUUCUAAGCCAAGGAAAUGUCAUCAUAUUUUUGGAAACAACUAACAAAUUGGAGCCAGCACACUUGGUACUAUGUGCAGUUGAGUCAGCAGCCCGUGUUUACCCCAAUAGAUCUGUAAUUUUAUUUAUGAAGGGUUUGAGCACUUUGAAAUCAGAAGAUGAAAACAGUUUAAGGAACCGUUUCCCAACCCUUUCGUCUUUCAAUAAUGUCUACAUAUUUCCUCUCCUAACAGAGGAAGUGUUUAAAGAUACACCCUUGCUACCCUGGUAUUUAAAGGUUAAUACUAGUAUGGAAAAAUAUUGGACCCAUGUACUUGCAGAUGGCUGCAGGCUGGCACUGAUUUGGAAAUAUGGCGGCAUGUACUUUGACACUGACAUUGUCUCAAUUCAACCAAUUCCAGUUGUCAAUUUUUUGGCAGCUGAAUCCUCUAAGUAUUCAAGUAAUGGAGCUCUUGGCUUUUCUCCACAUCAUGAAUUCAUCUGGAAAUGCAUGGAAGACUUUGUCCGUAACUAUAAGGGAGAGGUGUGGGGACAGCAAGGACCUUUAUUAUUAACAAGAAUUCUAGAACAGAUUUGUUUACAGCAUAGCUUUAUGGCUUUAGAGGAUAUUAUGUGUGGAAACAUCACUUUCAUGAAUCCUGUCAGAUUCUAUUCUGUAUCUGGUAAUAAUUGGAGGACUUUUUAUGAAGUUUGGAAGCCAGUGCCAAUAUUUAACAACUCUUAUGGCUCACAUUUUUGGAACUACAUGAAUCAUGAGAAAGCAGCAAAGGUUGUGAUUCCUGGAAGUAACACUUUAGCAGAAUAUCUUUACAAACAGUAUUGUCCAGACAACUAUGAAGUUCUUAAAAUGAAAAAUAAAAAUAACGUGUAAUUAUUUGUAA